GAUUACGUCACGCUUCUUUUUUUUACCAACAUGUGUCUGUUUUGCUAGCUAGCUAGMUAGUAGUCGACGCGUUACAAUUUUGUUCCCUGUUGUAUUUUGUUUAAAAUAUUACAAUCAAAAUGCAGAUCUGCAAUGUGUGCAGUGGAGAGACACCCAAAUACCGGUGUCCGGCCUGUAGAAUCAGAUACUGCUCUCUCAGUUGUUACAAGACCCACAAGGCCAAUGAUACCUGCCAGCCCCUAAAACAGUCAGUGCCUCCUCCUGAUCAAGACCUAAAUGGAGCAUACAGCAAUGAGGAUCCCUGGACCGUUGAAGAUCUCCUUGAUGAUGACCAUACAGAUAGAGUACCACUUCAGAGGCUACGACUAUUAGGCAAGUCGGAGGAGCUGYGAGAGCUGCUCCGAAACCCCCAUCUCCGUCAGCUGAUGUGCUCUUUGGACGCGGCCGACAGCAAAGCAGACGCCAUUAAGACCGCAAUGCAAGAGCCUCUGUUUGUUGAGCUAUCAGAUCAAUGCUUGCAGAUUGUUGAGAAAAACUAUUAAAAUGUACUUGCAGACAAGAGUUGAGCAGAAUA